ACACUUCGACCGUUCCACAAUUCGAUUCGGAAUGAAGAAGAGAAGAAGGCGAAAAAAAUGAAAUUCACACAGCUAUAUGUAUAGCACAUACAGUAUAAUUGUCACAGCCAUAGAGGCAUUGGUUUUAAUAAAAUCGCCUGCGAAUCGGAACGGAACAUUUGAUUUCAGAAUCACAACAAACACGGACCCAUAUACUUACAUACCGUCAGUCAUAUUCCACACGGCUCACAUACUCUCGUCGAGAGAGAAGAGAGUGUGACUUUGAACAGAAAAUAUAUAUAUAUAUAUAUAUAUAUAUAUGUAUAUAUUGCAUAAAAAAAGUGUUCAUCUAAAUUUUCGACUUAUACAAAAAAUCAGUUUGAAUGCGGUUUAGUUCUCAUCGGUCGUCACGUCGAAAAAGUCAAGUAAUCAAUCAGCCGAAGAAUAAUAACAAUAUGAGCCGCAUAGGAUAGUGUGCCAGAAAUUGGAUGCGCUCUGAACUUCGGUGUUCGGAUUGAAAUUUUUCUUUGGUGUUUUCGCACCAGCAGAAAAUAAAUUGCGAGUGUUUUAGUGAUAGUACAAGAAUUUGUGCUUUUUUUUUCUCGAAUUCAUGUGUUAUGAUUUAACUUUGAAAAUUAUCAAGCUAAUUUUAUGAUGUGGUUGUAUUAAAAAAAAUUUAAUUGAAAUCGAUGAGAUUCUCGAGUGAUAAAAAUCAUUUCGCACAUUUUUGAUAAGAUCAAAACAUGAUAAAAUAGCUACAAAUUACGCCAAAUUUUGGCUUUUGUAUGAUUAUAAUUUUGUUGUUGUUUUGUUUUCGCUUCAAUUUUAUUUGAUUCGACAAUUUUGCGCAAUUGUAUUAAAAUUGAGUUGACAAACAUUUCGUUCACCGCGAGACCGGUCACCUUUUUUUUUUACUUCUGUCGCUUAAAUCAAACCAUCAAAAAUAACAUUAUUUGCUAAAUGAACCUGCCAAUUUUCUUGCGUCAAAAGGAAAAACUUCGAAGAAAAUAUUAAAUUUUUUGUCUUGUGUUCUGAGCGAAAAAAAAAGAAAGAUCCAAUUGUACAUUUUAAGACAUACUACGGAUAAUAUUUGUGUUGGUUGACGUUCGGGAUUUUUCGCAGUGAGGAAAAGCACUUAAAAUCAGUAGCACAAAAAUAGAGUAAACAACAAUUGAAAAAAAUCAAAUAUAUUAAUUUUAUUAGUAAAAAGAGACCAAAAGAAAAUAAAGAAAGUUUUCAACUCGACGCUGUCACGCAAAUCACAUCACAAUGAGGCUAUUUUCACCCAGAUUUGCCGCCGCUUCCGUGAAUAAAAUGCUCGACUUUUAUUCACAAUUCAAUCCAUCGCCGUUGUCGAUAAAACAAUUUAUUGAUUUUGGUCUCAAUGCAUGCGAGAAGAAGUCGUAUAUAUUUUUGCGGAAGGAGCUACCCGUUCGGCUGGCCAAUAUUAUGAAAGAGAUCGCACUUCUACCGGAUAGUUUGUCACGAACACCGUCUGUUGGUAUGGUCAGUUCCUGGUAUGCACGCAGUUUCGAAGAAGUUUUACGCUACGAACAACUUGACCCGACCACCGAAAAUAUGGAAAAAUUUUGGCGUGAUUUGGUGAAGAUCCGAGAUCGUCAUUCAGAUGUGGUGCAAACCAUGGCUCAAGGUAUCAUCGAAUUGAAGGAUCAGCGUGGCGGAACAGUCGAGCCUUCAAUGGAACUCAGCAUCCAAUACUUUUUGGAUCGUUUGUAUAUGUCACGCAUCAGCAUUCGGAUGUUAAUCAAUCAGCACACCCUUCUUUUCGGCGAAAUACCACAACAAGGUAGACAUAUCGGGUGCAUUGAUCCAAUGUGUGAUCCCGGUUCGGUCGUGCUGGACGCUUACGAAAAUGCCAGAUACCUUUGUGAUCAAUAUUACUUAGCGAGUCCUGCAUUGAAGCUCACCCAGCACAAUGGCGUUGACAAAGAUGCUCCAAUUCGAAUCGUUUAUGUGCCAUCACAUUUGUAUCACAUGCUGUUCGAAUUGUUCAAGAAUUCGAUGCGAGCUGUCAUGGAACAUCAUGGUGAAGAUUGCGACAAUAUACCACCGAUUGAGGUGACCGUCGUAAAUGGACGAGAGGACAUAUCGGUGAAGCUAUCAGAUCGUGGUGGUGGCAUUUGUCGAUCCCAAGUCGAUCAUCUAUUCAAAUACAUGUACAGUACAGCUCCAAAGCCAUCACCAUCACAAAUGCACACAGUUCCAUUAGCUGGCUAUGGUUACGGUCUGCCCAUAUCUCGUUUAUAUGCCAGAUAUUUUCAGGGCGACCUAGUUUUAUACUCUUGUGAAGGAUACGGGACCGACGCAUUAGUUUAUAUGAAGGCUUUCUCUGACGAAGCAAAUGAACUUUUGCCGAUUUUCAAUAAGACCAGUUCAAGAUUCUAUAAAGCAACCGUACCAACUGGUGAUUGGUCGAAUCAGUCCUCAAAUAUGAAUAUACGGCAAAUAAAUGCAUCGUCACCAUCAAAACGAUCAUCUAAUGAUAGCAAACGUUCAGCGUCUUUACCAGCAGCAGCUGCAGCGACAACAACAUCAGUAGCGACCAAGCCAAGGACAACGACACCAACUGAAACUGAUCAUGUCACAGUAAAAACAAGAUCUUCAUAAAAUUGCUCUACAUUAUCAAAACAUUCUGCUGAUAAAUACUCACACAAGACGUGGAUUGGUGUCCGGUUUGUCGUCAAUAUGCAACGAGAACAAAUAAAAUGGAAGAAGAAAGAAGAAAAAACCUAGGCGAAACACAUAACAUAUUCCAUUAAUCAAUAAAGAUGUGUAUAUAAAUGAAUGAAAAUUAUCUUGACGAAUUCUUGUGAUAUUUAUGUAAAGAAAGAAGAAGAAGAAAUAGAAAAACACUGUUUUAUUUGGUCAUUUAUCAUCAAUUAAGUUUUGCAAAAUAUGAAAUUUGUCUCUUUUUAAAAAAAUAUUUUCAGUUUCUAAGCCAAAAGGCUCAAAACAAAGAAUUUUUUUCGAACUCAUUAUUAAUACGAUUCAUUCCAAAAAAAAAAUUGUGAAUCAUUUAUCAAAAUAUCGAGAAGAGCUUAUGUUCUUUUCUGCCUUCCUAAAAAUUGAAUUUAAUUUUUUUCCCUUCAAAGUAUGAUGAAAAAAUCUGAUUGAGAUAAAAAGAAAAUAGAAAAAUACCCAAAGGCAAUAAAACCCACAUUGUUAUUAUAUCAAUACGAGAAUAUCAUCCAUAUAUAAGAUGAAAUUUGUAUUGGUAACAUUUGUAACUCUUUUACAUGAGUCAUAAGCAUUUGACCAUAGGUUCAUUUUAGAUAACCAAUCAAAUCAAUGCUGCGAAUAGUAAUAAAUUCCCUACAAAAAAAAGUGUUAAUAAAAUUUACGAAAAAAAAGAUUUUUUUAAAAUCUAAUAAUUUCGCCCACUACUGGCGCAUAGCACCCCCUGUUAGUAAUAUCAAUUUCAUCAGAUACUAGGCGAUCGGUGAUCAAUUCUGGAAAAGGAGAUACAGUUUUAGUACGUAUUGAUGUGAGAUGUUAAUAAAAUUACCAAAUAUCAUUAUCAUACACCAAAUCGUUUAAACAUUUUUAAUGUGCAGAGACCAUCACCAUUUAAUACUAUGGUUUUGUAAUGUCCGUUUGUAAUGCAAUUUAACAAAAUAAAUACAUAUUACACAA